AUGGUGCUCGGCGCCGGCGCCGGCGCGGCGGGUCCGCGAGUCACGGUAUUCUCGGCCCCGCUGCCUCCGCUCGGCGGCGGCUCGCCCGCGCGGCAGGAGAUGGCGGUGCGGUCCUGGCUGGCUCUUCCGGGGAACGUCAGCGUCGUGCUCCUCGCCGCCCACCAGUCGGCUCACGCGCUCUCCGGGAAGCUCGGCGACCGUGUCACCGUCGACCCAGCCGUCGACAUCUCGUUCACGGGGACUCCAUUCUUCCACUCCAUGGUCGCAGCAGCGCAAGCUGCUGAUUCCGACAUCUGCGUUCUCGCCGACGCCGAGACCGUCCUGCUCCCUGAAACCGUCACCUUGCUGAAACAUCUCAGCAGAAGUGAUCUCGACUGGUUCAUUUUUUCAGUGUCACGCAACAUUUCUACUUUCCCCUACCAUCUCGCUGACAACGGGACGCAAUGGUUAGAUGAAGAUGACAAAGAAGUCAGCUUCAAGAAGUUGCAGGAGAUUCAGUUUGACAAGUGGGCAGCAGAUGGCAGUGACAGGGGGCUCAUUGUGGCGUGGAACAAUCCGGGCAGUCCUUUGAUUGCAGGAGUGAUGCCUUCUUUUCUGAAUGGAAGAGGAGCACACAAUAGGUGGCUGAUUCACGAGGCUCUCUCAUCUGAUACGAGACUUGUGUUUGAUGCAAGCAAUCUUGUUCUUGGAUUACAUCCUGAAAAUUUCAGUGAAAGACAUGGCAUUAGUACUAGCAGAAAUGCUAGUUCCCCUGCUGGAUCCUGGGAGUAUGGCAUCAAUCAACAUCUGGCUACAGUUUAUGGAUCAUAUUGCUAUGAAUUGCCAAGAAGAAACUCUCCAAUGCUGUAUAAAGUGGUGAAGCAAUAUGAAGACUAUAUGUUAAGCAAAAUUGAAGAGCUGAACUUGACAGAUUCAGUCAUAAACAAAGAGCAAACUGCACAUGAAGAGGGAGGCAGCCUAUGUAAGAAGGAAAACUACUAUUCAGUCGCAGUUAGUUUGCCACAUUCUUUGGAAAUGCUUCUUCAACUUGCUGCCGACAAGAAUAGGUCUGUUGUUCUUGCUGUGGCUGGUGCAAGCUAUAGGGACAUGCUAAUGAGCUGGGUGUGCCGAUUGCGCCGUCUCAGGGUUACAAAUUUUGUAAUCUGUGCUCUAGAUCAGGAGACAUAUGAGUUCUCAGUUUUGCAGGGAUUGCCGGUUUUCAGAGACCCAUUACUCUCACCGAAGAAUGUCAGCUUUGAUGACUGCCACUUUGGAACCCAGUGCUUUCAGCAGGUGACAAAAGUCAAGUCCCGGAUUGUUCUGAAGAUCCUAAGACUGGGAUACAAUGUGCUACUGAGUGAUGUCGAUGUUUAUUGGUUCCACAACCCAGUGUCGUUCCUGCACUCUCUUGGCCCUGGCACAUUUGCAGCACAAUCAGAUGAAUUCAAUGAAACUGGACCCAUAAACCUACCACGCCGGCUGAAUUCAGGCUUCUACUAUGCACGAUCAGACGGCGCCACCAUCGCUGCAAUGGAGAUGAUCGUACAACACGCAGCGAAUUCAGGGCUAUCAGAGCAGCCGAGCUUCUACGACAUCUUGUGCGGGAGAGACGGCGCGAACCGCGCCGGCGCCGACAGAUGCCUGGAGCCCAGCACGAACCUGACGGUCGUGUUCUUGAGCCGGGACAGGUUCCCCAAUGGAGCUUACAGGGGCCUCUGGGAGAAGCGUCAUGUGCAGUCGGCUUGCAGGGAGCUUGGGUGUGUGAUCAUACACAACAACUGGGUGCGUGGGAGGAGGAAGAAGCUGCAGCGCCAGAUGGAGUCUGGGCUUUGGGACUAUGAUCCAAGCUCUAGGCUGUGCCUGCAGAAUUGGAGUGAUGCAAAGAGAUUCAGCAUUCAGAACGAUGAACCUGUCUCGUAUGAUCGAUGAGCUUGACAGUUAUAUUCUCUCCUUGUUUUUUUUAUACGACGUCAUUGAUUCUUAGGUAAGUAUUACAAUAUAACAUGGAGAU